AUGUCAUUCGAAGAAAAUGAAUUUGAUAGAAUCAGCGCUUUCUUCAUCGGGCCCAAGGGUGCCAACCUGCCCGAUUUCCGGGCUAACAUUAAUACUAUCCUAGAUGAGCUGCUAGAGACCAGGCUGGAUUACAUGCCAAAGGACACUAAAUUUAUUUCGAAAACUGUCCGGCGUUCAAAAAAGUUCCGAGAGGUUCGAGACAUGGUCGGAAAUGUAGUGAGGACGACUGCCCAGGUGCUCGGAGCACAUUCAGUACCCUUCUGGACGCCGCGGUAUGAAGGCCAUAUGUGUGCAGAUUUGACUAUGGCAUCGCUGUUGGGGUAUUUCAUGACCAUGCUGUAUAAUCCCAACAACGUGGCUCUCGAGGCAAGCCCUUUAACCACCGUGGCGGAGUAUCAAGUCGGGCAGCAGCUAUGCGAUCUGUUCAGAUACAACACCGAUCCGGAAAAGCAAGACUUGCCAUUGGCAUGGGGUCACAUCACUUGUGAUGGUACUAUUGCUAAUUUGGAAUCUAUCUGGGUCGCGCGAUAUCUGAAGUUCUACACUUUGGCACUCCAAUGGGCUAUCAAUGAGGGCACGCUACAGUUCAUAUGA